AUGGUCUUCUCAGUUGUUGAUGAACUUCCUUCCCCGCUGCUGAAGGUGGAUCCGUUGUCCCAGAAGGUGAAGGAAGGUGACCCUUUGGUCUUCCUCUGCUCAGUGGAAGAAGGCAACGCAGAGAAGAUCUUCCAUUUCUACAAGGAUGGGAUGGAGAUCACCUCCGGGGAAGAAGGUCUUCUGGAACCCUCCAUUCUUUUGUGGGUGAACCUGGGAGCAGGUUCUUCCAUCCUGAAAAAAGCUCAUCAAGAAAAUACAUGGAAUAUCAGCAUCGCACAUCUGAAUGGAACCAAGAAGCUUAUUUGCAAUUGCAGUUCAAAAUACCUCAAUGAAAUAAAAUUCUACUCUUAUCCUUCUAGUAAUUCCAGGGAGAUCUUGAUUGUUGAUGAACUUCCUUCCCCACUGCUGAAGGUGGAUCCGUUGUCCCAGAAGGUGAAGGAAGGUGACCCUUUGGUCUUCCUCUGCUCAGUGGAAGGAGGCAACGCAGAGAAGAUCUUCUAUUUCUACAAGGAUGGGAUGGAGAUCACCUCCAGGGAAAAAGGUCUUCUGGAACCCUCCAGUGAACCCACAGAUCGUGUUCAAAGUGCCUCUUUGAGAAUCCUACAUGCCUCGUUCAACCAUAGAGGGGAAUUUGCUUGCAGUUAUGAAGAAAGGAGAAGCAACCGAUGGUUCAUGUCUUCUUGGAGCCAGGGGAUAAACAUGACAGUCAUACCAGUUUGGACCCAAGGUUUAUAUUCUGUUUGGAGAUUUGCCCGGAGAUGGAUUCUUUUUCUAAUUCUGCUGGUUCCAAUUGCCUUUUAUUGCUGGAAGCAAAAGAGCACAUCUCAAUCACAGGAACAAUUUCAACUAAUGGAAAAGAAAGAGAAAAAUCAUCUUUCAGUGAUGGAGCCUCAAGCAGCAACACCCUCAUCAGUCAAGUUUCCCCCGGACUCUGAGGCCACCUACAGCAAUGUUCAGGACUUCUCCACUCAGAAGAACCAUCUUAGAGAAGAGGAAGAAGAGGGGCCACUGUAUAUAAACUUGAUUGGAGGAAAACAAAACAACUCUCUUGGUGCAGUCUCUUACUAGGCUUAGACAUGCACAUGACCUGUGAAGAAAUGAUGAGGUACUUCAGUUUAUGGCAGAAGAGAAAGUCCAUCAAAAAGGGGGAAAUCUUUGGCCCCACCCUCUCCUACAAGUCUCAGAUCUAUCUAGACUUGAGCCUGCUGGGAAGAUUUUUGUUACAGCUUUCAACAACUUUUUUCUGUAUACUGGAUAGAUCUAAUACAAACAACUGCCAUGAGAUCUAGUUUAGAGGCCCUUUUCCACACUGAAAUUUCUCUUGAAUCUGCCAGCUCAUAGGAACUCGCCUUCAUCCUUUGGAGUUUCACUUCUGACUCUCAGGUGAGAGAGAAGAUCCAAGGCUUUUUCCUUGUUGAUCUGUUCCUGUCCAUGUUUGUUUGAAGCCGUGGGAAAUGUCCUUUGGGAUAUUUUGCUUUGAAUACUAGCUGAGUCUCUUGGCUAAUAACCCCUUUCUCAUUUUCCCAGAGAUACAGGUUUUCCUUUUUCUUAGGUCCACCUUACUUUUUUUUCUCUUUCCGUUUUUUUGAUGGGUUGAAUGGUGCAUGGAGGUGAUAAAUAGGUAGGUAGGUACUGUAGAUAUUUUAUCAGUAUUAAUUACAGCUUUGAAUAUUGGUGUUACAAAUAUUAUGACUGUUUGAUUUUUUCUUCAAACUUAAAUAUAAUACUGGAAAUAAAUU